AUGUCAACAGAUACAAGACGAAGAGUGAAAUUGUAUGCCUUAAAUGCAGAUAGGCAGUGGGACGAUAGGGGAACAGGUCAUGUAUCCUCCGUUUAUGUCGAUAGACUGAAAGGUGUAUCAUUAUUAGUUAGAGCAGAGUCUGAUGGCUCUCUUUUAUUGGAAUCUAAAAUUCAACCUGAUACUGCAUAUCAGAAGCAACAGGAUACCCUUAUUGUUUGGUCUGAGGGUGACAAUUUUGAUUUAGCUUUAAGUUUUCAAGAAAAAGGAGGUUGUGAUGAAAUAUGGGAAAAAAUAUGUCAGGUUCAAGGGAAAGAUCCCUCAGUCGAAGUAACACAAGAUAUUGUAGAAGAGUCCGAGGAUGAAAGGUUUGAUGACAUAAAUGAUUCUGGUAAUCCAGUCGAAUUACCAUUAUGCGAAUUGAGUCGAUUGGAAGAAAUAAAUGAGGUUAUCGGAAGUUGUUUGUCGUCACAAAAUAGAAAAGAAAAAGUAGCUAUAUUAUUAGAAAAUGAGGGUUAUAUUAAAAAACUACUCAAUUUAUUCAGAAUGUGUGAAGAUAUAGAAAAUUCUCAAGGCCUGCAUCAUUUAUAUGAAAUAUUUAAAAAUAUUUUUUUGCUGAAUAAGAAUGCUUUAUUUGAAGUCAUGUUUGCUGAGGAUACGAUUUUCGAUGUUGUCGGUUGUUUAGAAUACGAUCCAGCGAGUCCCACUCCCAAGAGGCAUAGACAGUAUUUAAAACAAUUGGCUAAAUUUAAAGAAGUUAUACCAAUCACAAAUGCCGAAUUGUUGGCUAAAAUUCAUCAAACCUACAGAGUUCAAUAUAUUCAGGACGUUGUUUUACCCGCUCCUUCUGUUUUCGAAGACAACAUGUUGUCAACUUUGUCUAGUUUUAUUUUUUUUAAUAAAGUUGAAAUAGUCACUUUAAUACAGGAGGACGAAAGAUUUUUGAGUGAAUUGUUUGCACAAUUAACCGACGAUUCGACGGAAGAUGUCAAAAGGAGAGACCUCGUAUUAUUUUUAAAAGAAUUUUGUAAUUUUUCACAAAAUUUACAACCUCCUGCUAAGGAAGCAUUUUAUAAAACCCUGUCGUCGUUAGGAAUUUUACAAGCGCUAGAAAUCACAUUGGCGAUCGAUGACGCUCAAACAAAAACUGCUUCAAUAGAUAUUUUAACGUACAUAGUUGAAUAUUCUCCGUCUGUCGUGAGGGAAUACACUCUACAACAAGCAAAUAAUACCGAAGAAGACCAAUUUUUAAUGAACGUUAUAAUAGAACAGAUGAUGUGUGACAACGAUCCGGAAUUAGGAGGCGCUGUACAAUUGUCUGGUAUUUUAAAAAUAUUAUUAGAUCCAGAAAACAUGCUAACCUCGACAAACAAAUCAGAGAAAACAGACUUUCUUAAUUAUUUUUAUAAGCAUAGUAUACAUGUACUUAUUGCUCCUCUUUUGUUGAAUACUAGUGAAGAUAAACCGGGUAAAGAAGAUCAUCAAACCGUACAGUUGUUAGGAUUGAUAUUAGAAUUAUUGUCUUUUUGCGUGGAACAUCAUACGUACCACAUUAAAAACUGUGUACUGAACAAAGAUCUUCUUAGAAGAAUACUUGUUUUGAUGAAAUCAUCACACGGGUUUUUGGUGCUAGGUGCUCUUCGUUUCAUGAGAAAAAUAGUAGCGUUAAAAGAUGAAUUUUACAACAGAUACAUUACAAAGGGUAAUUUGUUUGCUCCCGUCAUCGAUGCUUUUCUUCGCAAUAACGGAAGAUACAAUUUAUUGGAUUCUGCAGUCCUUGAAAUGUUUGAAUUUAUCAAAGUGGAGGAUAUAAAAACGUUGUAUUCACACGUCGUUGAAAAUUAUGGUAAAUUGCUAGACGAUGUUGAAUAUGUACAGACAUUCAAAUCCCUUAAGUUAAGAUACGACCAACAUCAGGACAGGUUAAAAGAUAGAGAUCGAACCACUCUAGAAAGAAACAGUUCUAUAUGUUCUAGUGUGCCAUCCAUUCUCCGCAAUUCGAGAUACAGAAGAGAUCAACGUCAAUUAGAUGAAGAAGAAGAAAUGUGGUUUAACGAAGAUGACGAUGCCGGGGAGGUCGUACCCUUUUCAAGUGAAAUAAUAACCAAAAAAAUGGACACGGAAUUGGAUUCGAUCGGUAAAAUUAUCGAUGCCAAAAAAUCAGAAGGCACCAAUCACACGAAACUCAUAAACAACACGAGAACAACCGGAAUAUUAAACAAUAAUGCUACGGGGGGUUCCCCUCUUAGUCCAAAUUCAAAUAUUAAUUCCAAUACUUCGGAUAGUAAAACAAAUUCGUUAUUUAAAAAGUGCAGCGUGAAUUCGGUCGGGAAUCAGUCGGUUUUAUCAAAACCCUGGUUGUUGGCCGGAACUUCAGCAUCCGUUCUCUCGUUGCCUAAAAUAGGUUUCGAACUUAACGUUGAAAUACCAAAAGUGUUGUGCUUGUCCGAAUCAUCAGGGGGUUCUGUCACGACAACGGAGAACAGUCGAAGCGACGCUUCUGUCAUAUGCCCGUCUGGUUUUGUUCAAUCAACGGACACAUCCAUUUGA